UCGCCCUCGCCCUCGCCCUCGCCCUCUUCCUCGCCCAUUGGUGGCAGCCUUGCGCCGAAGUGUCCGUGAUCGAAAUGGAGUUCUGGCCCGUCAACGUCAACAACCAUAAGGAGAAUGGUCCAGGUCCAGGUCCAGGUCAAGAUCCAGGUCAAGGUCAAGGACCACAGCCAUACACACUGCCGGUGUGGCUCGCCCUGGCUAUGGGCCUGAUGGGCCUGUUCAGCUUGCACUACGCCAGCAUUCUGCGAAGAGUGUUCAUCAGAGGCAUCAUGUUCGUGGUCAGUGUCAUCUGUGUCGUCCUUUGCUCGGUGAUCCGCUGCACUCCAUGCCCAGUCGAAGUGAAGGAGUGGCUGGACGCGAUGUUGGAAGAGCCUUGGCUGACUAUCCACGACGUGCAGGCAACUCAGCGUGCAAUGCGCCGAGCAAUCAAGCAAUGCAUCGCCACUGCAACCUAUGUGAUGUGGAAGACGUCGCGUCUACUGCCAGCAAUCCGUGUGGCUUGCCCUCGUAAGCUGCACGUGCUCUGCUCGGCCAUCGGUUUGCCACUACUCACGAAGAUCUUAUACGCUAGAGCCUUUGUAGCAGAAGCCCUGGCCAAUCGAGUUCACGCCGCGUGGCGCGGCAUCCGUAACCAGAUCUCGAACCGACUACAACUGAAUCGAUUCUCUGACUCUGUCCAGUCUGGUGCAGCGGAUCCAUCCAGCGAGGCGUCCCACAAUGAACGCAAGCAAUCCCCAACUGUGCCGCCAGAAGAACUGAAUGGGGAAUCAACUGUGCCACACUUCCUCGAUGAAAGCAUCGAAACCUAUGAUGAAUUCGUUAAAAAUUUUAAGAAGGGCUGUUUGGAGACGCAUGUUAAAUGUAUUUAAUGUUUAUUUUGUUUCGUUUUUGUUUCCAGCCCAAAGAGCUGAUGUUUGUUUAUUAAAUUGAUUAUUGUUUA